AUGGCGAGGUUGGUUCCCUCCGAGAAGAAGGUCAACGUAGCAGGAUCUCCCCAUCACCAUCUCCGGCAACGGCAGCAGCAGAUCGAGGAGCACAUCGCAAGGCUGAUUCAGUCAUGCCCAAACAUGAGCAGUCUGCGCCAAGUCCACGCCCACCUCCUCAAGCUCCCCUCCAUCUCAUCCUCCGUCUACUUCCUCUCCAAGAUCAUCGGAUACUGCGCAUCUUCCCCUUCAGGAGACAUGGCCUAUGCCCGGAGGAUCUUCAGCCAGAUUCCUCAUCCUAACGUCUUCUCCUGGAACUCCAUGAUCAGGGGCUGCUCCAAGCUUCAGAACCUGUCCAGAGAGUCCAUCUCUCUCUACAAGCGGAUGCUCCAGAGCGGCUCCGCCAGCCCCAACAGCUUCACCAUUGCCUUCGCUCUCAAGGCCUGCUCGUUAGUCUCCGGCCUGUGGGAAGGCUCCCAAAUCCACGCCCAUGUCUACAGGUUUGGGCUCGAUUCGAGCCCCUUCGUUCAAACUGGGUUACUGAAUCUGUACGCCAAAUGCGAGCGCAUUGAUUCUGCGCGGUCGAUCUUCGACGAGAGCCCUGGAAAGAACUUGGUCUCCUGGAGCGCCAUGAUCGGUGGGUACGCGAGGGUCGGGAUGGUCAACGAGGCCCUCGACCUGUUCAGGGAGAUGCAGGAGAACGGGAUCGACCCGGAUGAGGUGACCAUGGUGAGCGUCAUCUCUGCCUGCGCAAGAGCAGGAGCUCUGAGCUUGGGGAGAUGGCUCCAUGCGCUCAUCGACAGGAACGGGAUCGAGCAGGACAUGGAACUCACCACCGCCCUCAUCGACAUGUACGCCAAGUGCGGCUCCAUCGGCAUAGCAAGGAAGCUGUUCGACGAAAUGCCACAGAGAGACACCAAGGCCUGGAGCUCCAUGAUCGUCGGGCUCGCCAUCCAUGGCCUCGUAGAGGACGCUCUGCAGCUCUUCUCCCAGAUGAGAGAAUCCAAGGUUAUUAUAUAUAGCAAAAUCUCUGUUACAAAAGCUCCCUCUUUUGCCUUGCAUUGAAUGAACAAAAUCUCUCUUCUCUCAAGGUGAAGCCUAACGAGGUGACCUUCGUCGGAUUACUGUCGGCGUGCGCCCACCGAGGGUUGGUGUCGGAAGGGCGGCGGUUCUGGUCAACAAUGCGAGAACUAGGGAUCGAGCCGUACAUGGAGCACUACGGCUGCAUGGUUGACCUCCUCUGCCGAGCCGGGCUGAUCGAGGAGGCUCACUCCUUCGUCAACGCCAUGCCCGUCCCUCCAAAUCCGGUGAUCUGGAGGACCCUCCUCGUCGGCUGCAAGAACAGGCGCAUGCUGGCAAAGGGCGAGGCCAUCGCCAGGCAGCUGCUGGAGCUGGAGCCGAGAAAUGCGGAGAACUACGUGGUCCUCUCCAAUCUGUACGCCAUGAGCUCGCAGUGGGAGAAGGUGGCCGGAUUGAGGAAGACGAUGAGGGACGGCGGCGUAAGGGCGGCGGCGGGGCUGAGCUGCGUGGAGAUCGCCGGCCGCCUCCACCAGUUCGCCGCCGGGGGAGGUGGCGGAGAAGCGCACCCGGAGAUGGAGGGGAUCAGGGCGGUGCUGAAGGAGGUGGCGGAGAGGGUGAGGUUGGCGGGGCACCGCCCGGCGACGGCGGCGGUGCUGCACGAUGUGGGGGAGGAGGAGAAGGAGAUGGCGCUGUGCGAGCACAGCGAGAGGCUGGCCAUCGCCUACGGGAUGAUGAAGACGGCGCCACCGGUGGCGAUACGGGUGGUGAAGAACCUGAGGGUCUGCGUUGACUGCCACGAGGUGACGAAGAUCAUCAGCAGGGAGUUUGACCGAGAGAUCGUCGUGAGAGACCGCGUGCGGUUCCAUCGUUUCGUCGGCGGGGUGUGCUCUUGCGGCGACUUCUGGUAA